AUGGUAGUGAAGGAUGACGGCAGCAAGUGGGCAUGCCAAUCAUGCCUCAAAGGCCACCGCGUGAGCGGUUGCAACCACACUGACCGAGAACUCACUCUUGUACCCAAGAAGGGCCGUCCAGUGACGCAGUGCCAGCACUGCAGACAGGAAAGAAAGAAGCGCUCCGCCCAUGUGAGCUGCGACUGCGCGCAGCCGGAUAAGCAGUUCCACGGCAAAGACAAAUGCAUUCACCUGCGGGAGGCCGAAGAGAAGGCAAAGUCAGCCAGCUACCACGGCGACGACAACGGCGAGGCGGAUCCGGCACAUCUGGCGCGCAUCGCUGAAGAGCAAGGCUGCUGUUGCGGCCAUGGGGGGAAAUGCACAUGUGCUCUGCUCAUGAGGGAGCCUGAGGACGAACUAUCUGCUCCCCGUGGACCCGCAGUCAAGCCGAAGUUGGAGAAGGCUACAUCUGAAGGAUCCAUUACCCAGUUCAAGAAUGGGCACCAUAAGCCCGUUCAUCGCAAGAACCACGCGGCACACGAGUGCGGUAUGCCGUACAGGAUUCCGAUGCCAAGAACCCCCACCGAUCAGAACGCUUCGACUGCAGCCCGACGAUCUGUCGACAGCCUCGCAUUGGACACCAACCAGUCUGGCCUUCCUUCGACAUUCUUACCGCCAACCGCCACGCCACUCCAGAACCGCCGCAUGUCAAAGUCUGAGCAGCCGUCGCCAAUGGUACCUCCGCUAGCCAGAUCUUGCAAUGGCGGUCUCCAGGACUCCAGAUUCGUCAACGUCGACUUCGGUGCCUCUCCACAGGGUCAGUCAAACCAAAGCGUGCAGUCGGCGGGAAGCGAUGCGUUUGGCUACCCAUCCUACGAUGGAAUGUCCGCCAUGUCCAAUGACUCGUUCGAACCCUUUCCGUCCUACAUCCCUGCCAGCAUGACGGCUUUGCCAAACAACAACCCGUUCGAUGUCUGGCCUACUCCUACAGACAAUCCAAAUCUGGCUCAGCCAGCACUUACGGCUGCCUCAUCUGGAACGACCUCUGAGAUCGACGAGUUGCCGCAUAUGGAUGAGUACAUGCCGAGCAUUCAAGAGGACCUGACAGCUUUCGACUUCGCCAACAUGGGCGCUGGCAACACGCCAGAGCUCAACCGUAGAAGCUUGCCUCCAGGCUUCUUUGGCAACAAUGACUUCGCCUUGGCCAGCAUGGGCAACGAAUGGCAAGGUCCGAUGCAAGACACUAGCAAAGCUCCGAUGCCUUUGAACCGCCAGACCACCUCACUCAAUCAAGGAUGGCCGUUCCCAAACCUGGGCUCGAUGCCAGACGCUUCCCACCGCCCACUGGCCCACGGCGUUCCCGCCACGUCCCGACCACAAUCACGCUCUCUUGGCCCAACCAGCGCUCCUGACGACGACAUCCUCAAGCAGCUCUUCCCUGACAUUGAUGAAUCUGGCAACUACUUCAGCAACUCGCAGAUGACCAACCUGCCAUCAUCGCUGCCGCAAGAUUUCGGCCCAGUGGACGAGGCUAGCACGGCUUUUACCACGCAACCUUGGUCCGAUGGCUCGCUCAGCAUUCCCAACGACGUGCUGGCUGGUGGGUGUGAUCUUGAAAGGGAAUUUCCAGGUCCCGAGUUUGCUUGGGGGCAAUAA